UUAUUAUGCAUACAUAACCUAAAUUCUUAGUCACGUUAAAUUUUUCAAGACCGGCAGUCUCAAUUGUUUUAUUUUCAAUUGUUUUGAUAACAUUGCGGUACAAAUAGCAAUCGAAUAUUGUGUUUAAAAUUUAGAAUCUUCCGGUGAUAUCCCUUUUCGUGCAAAUUAUAGAAUGGAGCUAGAUCAAGUUCAAGAUCAAGGGGGUUUACGCAUAGACGGCAGACGACCUCUUGAAUUGCGGCAAAUUCGCGUUAAAUUGGGAGUUUUUCGACAGGCGGAUGGAAGCGCCUAUUUGGAACAUGGAAAUACAAAAAUACUCGCUGCUGUAUACGGUCCUCAUCAGCCUAGAGGGGCAGCCGCACGGAACACAGCAAACAAAUCAACCAAAGGAAUAAUAAAUUGUCAAUACAGUAUGGCAGUGUUUAGUUACACUGCUGGUGAAAGAAAAAGCAGACCUCGAGGUGACAGAAAAACACAAGAGAGAUGUACUCAACUGAGACAUGCAAUGGAGGCGAUAUUGAAUUUGGAACAAUUUCCUCGAUCUCAGAUUGAUAUUUUCAUUGAAGUUUUACAAGUUGACGGCAGCGACUAUUGUGCCAGUGUCAAUGCUGCUACUUUAGCUCUAAUCGAUGCUGGAAUACCCAUCAAAGAUUACGCGAUAGGAUGUACGAUAACAUUGCCAGAUUCGUCAGCAUCGUACGAGGAAGAGGACGCUCGAGGAAUCGGUAUACUGGACGCAAAUUUUUUGGAAGAAAACGGUCCCGGUGUUACACUUUCGAUAGUCGCUCUUCCAGAAACGAGCAACGAGGCGUCGAAAGAAUCCGGUCUUAUCGUGGUUGCCCAGGGUUCCGGACAACGAUUGCACCUUUCUCGUCUCGAACCCAUGAAAGUUCGUGCAUUGACUGGAUGUCGGGACAUUAAAGUUAUUUUGGACCGCGCAGUACGACAACAUCUUAACGCAAAUUCGUUACCAUCAUUGUUCAAUGUUCACACAUUGGUUGACUGACGAAUUCAAACGAUAAUUAAAUAUGUGGCAAGUUUUCCAAUAUGAUGUAUGCAUAUUUAUAUUUUUUUAAUUAAUAUAAAUUCGACAUAUUCAACAACGA